GUCUGUUGAUGGGACUGAACAAACAACCCUAGAAGUUUCCCUUCACAUUAAAACAAGCACUAAAGUCACUCGUUUCACUGAAGCUGGACGGGUUAACAUGAUUCACUCGUGAGCAUCUGAUCCAAGGACUUCGGUUUGUGUUCAUUAACGAUAUUUAUUUCUCUCACAUUAAAUCAUCAGUUGACAGAGACACGCGAUGCCCAGUCAGACUCUGCGUCCCAGACUGUGCGUCCUGGAGAAGGGAGAGAAUGGAUACGGCUUCCACCUUCACGGAGAGAAGGGCAAAACCGGACAGUUCAUCCGCCUGGUCGAGCCCGAUUCCCCCGCCGAGUUCUCAGGUCUGCGCGCGGGCGACAGGCUCGUGUUUGUUAAUGGAGAGCGCGUGGAGACCGACAACCAUCAGCAGGUCGUGGCACGGAUACGCGCGACCGCCGGUAACCUCGAGCUCAUAGUUGUGGAUAUGAACACCGAUCAGCUGCUGAAGAAACACGGGCUGAUAUGCGUGAAGGAGUUUGUCACGGAAGGAGUUCCGGUGCCUGAGUUUGAUGAGCCUGAGAUAGACGACAAGAAGGAGGUGAUGGGAAACGGCCAACCGGGAGACAGUCCGCCGCCGGUGCCGGAGAGAAACGUGGAGAUCAUUCCCGUCUACAUUUAUUCACGGGAAGAACACAGAUCAUCAGUGAGCUCGGAAACGGACUGUAAACAUCAGCUCAGGCCGAGGCUCUGUGUUAUUAAGAAAGGCCCCAAUGGCUUCGGCUUCAACUUGCACAGUGAUAAAUCCAGACCGGGCCAGUACAUCAGAGCUAUAGAUGAGGACUCGCCAGCAGAGAUGUCCGGUCUCAGGCCCAAAGAUCUGAUAAUACAGGUGAAUGGCGUUUCAGUGGAGGGGAAGCAGCAUUCUGAGGUGGUGGCUGCUAUCAAAGCCGGUGGAGAAGAAACAUCUCUGCUGGUCGUAGAUCCUGAUACAGAUGCUUUCUUUAAGAAAUGUAAAGUGACGCCCAAUGCAGAGCACAUCACAGGACCAUUACCUGAACCUGUGCUCAACGGGAACAUGGAGAAUAAGGUUAAUGGAAAUGUGGCCAAAGAAGUGGUGCUGAAGGACUCCAAGGUAUCAGUCAGUCCAUCCCCAUCCAAUUCAUCAUCCAUUACCUCUCUCACGACUCCGCCCACUGGGACUCCGCCCCCUGAGGCUGUGGAGGAGUCUAUCGUAAAUGCCAUACCAGAGCUGAAUCUGUCUCUACAGCAGGUAAAGGAACGCGCUCACCAGAAACGGAGUAAUAAGAGAGCGCCACCUAUGGACUGGAGCAAGAAAAAUGAACUGUUCAGUAACUUAUAAACCUCUCGUAGCUAUAGACAUCAUGUUUUUUUAUAAAGAGUAGAUUUAAAGGCGGGGUGCAUGAUUUCUGAAAAACGCUUUGGAUGACGGAGUCAGGCUGACUACCAAAACACACCAGUAGCCAAUCAGCAGUAAGUUGGGUGUAUACUAAACGACAUUGUUGUCUGGGUUGUGUAUGGAUGGUCCAGAUUUUAUCAGGGUAAGGGCGUGUUUGUUUAGGUGAUUUCAAAUGUCAACAUUGGCUUUCAGAGAUCAUGUACCCUGCCUUUAAUGAGGUUUAAAGCAGUCGACUCAGUAUGAUAUAUAUGAACGGUGUGUAUAUCCUGUAUACACACAGAUUUAUAUUGUAUUCAGAAGAUAUAUUUUACUAACAUCAGAUUUUUAGUAAACGGAGCAAACAGAAUGUUAAAGUCUACAACUGUGAUGUAUUACAAUCAAUGGCUGUGUUUGGAAUGAAAUACUAACUUGGGGUGUUUUCACACCUAGUUCGCUUGAGCGAGUUCAGGGUGUAUAUGUGAACAAACCGAGUGAUGUCAGACCCCCUUAAAAGGACCCAAAAGUGAACCGAACACAGACCAUGUCCGAAGGUGGUUUGAGUAUGGUUGAGUAUGCACAGAAAGCUGGGGUUUGAGUUCUUAUGAAGUUGUGAUGUGAACCAGAAAGGGUCUGAGAUCACUUCUAGUCUGAAGAGGACCAGAAAAAAGAACUGGGUCCUCGUUUGAGUCCACUAUAUUGUGAACACCAAAAGGAUUGAGGUCACAUUCGGCUAAUUCACUUUAAGUGAACUGGAUUUGGUUCUUUUUAAAUGAACUACUGUAUAUGUGAAAACACCCUACACUACCAAUAUUAUAUGGUGUACAUAUAAUGUAUACUGCCCGUUAUGUUUUUUAUGAAUUUGUAGAGUCAUUAAAGAAAAAAAACUUUAUCACACUGGAAUUGAAGGUCGACCACAUUGCAUUACGGGAUACAUCAAUAUUGUAUGUGCUUCAUAAUACAGGACAUAUUUUGGAUAAAAAACACAGCAUCAUGGUAUUCAAUACAUAUAUUCACAUACUAUGGAUGGACUAGGGUUGCAAAGCGACAUCUGCUUCCGUUUUAGGUCAAUUUUCCACGGGAAUCUUGGGAGUUUUGGAAAUAUUAAAUAUUGGAAAAUUAUUUGGAAAUGUAUAUAAACUAGGGCUGUCAAAAGAAUAAUCAUGAUUAAUCACAUACACUAUAAAAGUCUUUGUUAGCAUAAUAAAAGUAUUCAAUUAAAUUUUAUUUGUAUAGCGCUUUUCACAAUUGUUAAUUGUUUCAAAGCAGAAAUUACAUGAAUAGAUGUAGGGGAAAAACACAGUAUAAUCGAUAGAUAUUAUAAGAAGCAGAAUACAGUGGCUAAGAAUAAACCGUACAAGCGAGCGUAGUAAUAAUGUAACGUAUACAGUAAAGUGCUAAGUUAAGCCAAUGUUGGCUGACUCUCCCAGGGAUGAAAAACCCCCUAGGACAAAAACCCUUGAGAGAGCUUAAUAUAUAUUUACAUAUAUAAACACGAUAGGGAUAGGAAACGGGUAAGCGUUUUAAACUGGUUCAGCCGGUGGUCGUUGGUUGGGUAUCGUAUCGGCAUCACCUUGAAGGACAGCCAGUAGAUCAGUGGUGUGAUGACCUUCACAGCAGCAGGAACUGGGUCUGUUUGUCUCAUUGUCCUCGGGGUCGAGGACGAGACAGGGAAACAAAAACAGAGUUAUAUUAGCGUAGGGGCCGUUCGCAUGUAAUGCAAGUGUCAUACAUUAUAGUGGUUUAAGUCAACUCGGUUCCAGACAGGCUAACUAUUGCGGCAUAAGUAUAUUACCCAGAUGAGUUAUCUGAAUGCUUUGUUCUAGACAAACUAGCUAUUGCGGGAAAGGUACAUUUACUUGACAUUUUAUGUGAAUGCUUUGUUAAAGAAGAAUGUCUUAAGUUUAGAUUUAAAUUGCUCGACUGUGUCUGAUACUCGAACAUUAUUUGGUAAAUCAUUCCAGAGCUUAGGGGCCAAGUAGGAAAAGGAUCUACCACCUUUAGACACUUUUGAUAUUCUAGGGAUAAUUAAGUGACCAGAAUUUUGUGAUCGCAGUUUACGUGGUGGAUUGUAUUCUGAUAGUAGUUCUUUAAUAUACGAGGGCGCUGGGCCAUUUAAGGCUUUGUAGGUGAUUAGUAAUAUUUUAAAUUGUAUGCGAUAUUUAACUGGUAGCCAGUGUAAAGAUGCCAGAAUUGGACUAAUGUGGUCAAACUUUUUAGAUCGAGUAAGCACUCUUGCGGUGGCGUUUUGAACUAGCUGAAGCUUGUUUACCUGAUUUGCAUUGCAUCCCCUGAGUAACGAGUUACAAUAGUCUAUUCUAGAGGUCAUAAAAGCAUGGAUAAGCUUGCGUCAGAUGUAGAGAUGUAUUUUUGUGAUAUUUCUAAGAUGGAAGAAUGCUGUGUGGCAGACGUUGGAGAUAUGACUAUCGAAGGAUAAAUUGCUGUCGAGCACCACACCUAAGUUCCUAACCGUGGAUAAUGGCACCACAGUGCAGCCACCAAUGGGCAACUUGUAAUCUGACAUAUUAGGUUUGGAGCUAUUCGGUUCGAUAAUAAGUAUCUCUGUUUUAUUGGAGUUUAGCAUAAGAAAGUUAUGUGCCAUCCAGUCCCUAAUAUCGCUAAUGCAGUCUGUUAGCUUAGAAAACUGGUGGGUUUCGCUAGGAUGUGAGCAGAUGUAAAGCUGGGUAUCGUCCACAUAGCAGUGAAAACGUAUGUUAUGUUUCCUGAUAAUGUCUCCUAGAGGUAACAUAUAUAACGAGAACAGGAAAGGACCUAAAACUGAUCCCUGCGGUAUACCGUAUUAAACCAGGAAGUGAUAUGACUGUGUGAUAUGAGUGUGUGUGUACUGUGUGUAUAUAUUAUGUAUAUACAAAUACACACAUAUGAAUUUAAGAAAAAUUUUAUAUAGGUAAAAAAAUAUAUAUUUGUAAAUAUAUAAUCGCAAAUAUAUUUAUAAUAUAAAAUAUAUCAAAAUAUUUCUUAAAUACAAACAUUGUGUGUACUUAUAUAAUUACACACAGAGCACAAACAUAAAUUAUGCAAAAAGCUUUUAUUUUGUAUGCGAUAAAUUGCAUUGAAUCUAUUGACAGCCAUGUCAAAACCCUAUUAUAUGCAACUCCCAGUUUAUUCCCAUGGAAAGUUUCCAGCAACCCUAUUGUGGACACUAUACACAAACAUGACUAUAGUGUGUAAGUAUGUUAUUCCAUAUGUAGCCAUUGUAUCUAAUCUACUGUGUGUGUGGUAUUUUAAGCAGAUGUGUGUUUGUGUGUGUACAGCUGUAUAGGGUUGGAUGCGUGAUCGUGCUGUACAGGGGUGCAAGUGAAUUACCAAACAAUGCAGUUUAACUUUUAUUCUUUAUAGCUGUUCCCAUCCUUAACCUCAUGUCUCUGUUGAGACACAUUUCAUUUCUAUAAUGGACCAAAUGAAGACUGUAGAUAGAAACGCAUCUUAUUGUCAGCCAAUGAGUUCAUUUGUUAACUAUGAAAACAGAUCAUAUACUGUAGGUAUUUCAGCAGGUUUCUUUUUUAUAUCUAGAUUUAUCCACGUAUGUACAUGCUAUUGUGUAAUACUGCACUUUCAAUCACUGUGAUGAAUUAAUUCUUGUAUGUGUGCACAUGUGUAUGUUAUUUUUUUCUACGUAAUUUCAAUAAAUUUAAAGUUCACAUUUA